AGCUGCUGUCAGCUGGAUACUCCGCUGAGCUGGUACGCGGCCUGCCGCCAAGUCAGUGUCAGCGCCACAACUUCCAGGCAAAGCCAACUCCCCGUCGAACUAUCGAGCCCUUCUGACGUAAACAAAGGUGUGUUUUUGUCCCGAUCGCCUAUAUAAGAGUGAGAGACGCUCAAGGAUCUCAAACAUUGGACGUGAAUUCGCACUCAACAAAACGCACUGCGACCAGACAAAGACACUAAACCACACCUUCGAUAUAAAGUGUUGGCCAGAAUUUCUAUUCUUCAGGACUCGAAAACACCAGGAAUUGUUUAAGAGAUAUAUUAAAUUUUUGUAAACUCAAUUCGCUUUUUUGUGUGUGCGUAAAGACAAUACAAUCUCUAGAUUCUCCACAAAGAGACUGUAGCUGUUGAUCGCGCCGGCUUCUGUUACAAUCAUCAGUCAUCACAACUGCGACAAACUGUCAACCAUGGCGCCAACAAUGCAGUCGGACUCUGGCACGUCAUACCGGCGAUCAGCGGACCACGGCGUGGACCACACGCUGAAAACCGCGCCAAGCGACCCCAUCAACAUUUUGGUCUCGCUCAGCGAUGACGACAACAGCUGCGAGACCUAUUUCUGCAGCCGUGACACCUGUCCCAGCAUCAGAGCUUUCAUGCCCGAGCCGUCGGAUGCGUUCAGAGUAAGUACACAGAGAUGUUGCGUUUCAGUGUGUCCUUGUUCUUACCAGUUACUGUCAGUGCCUUCAGAGUAAGUACACAGAGACGUUGCAGUUCAGCGUGCAUCCUUGUUCUGAUCAGUUACUGCUAGGGCUUAUGGCUGCUAGAUACUCUUUAAACAGUUAUUGCUGGCGAUUAUGGCUGGUAGAUAUAUGCUUUAAAAAUCUACUGUCAGUGAUUGUGGCUGCUAGAUACUCUUUAAACAGUUACUGCUGGCGAUUAUGGCUGCUAGAUACUCUUUAAACAGUUAUUGGUGGCGAUUAUGGCUGGUAGAUAUAUGCUUUAAAAAGCUACUGUCAGCGAUUGUGGCUGCUAGAUACUCUUUAAACAGUUACUGCUGGUGAUUAUGGUUGGUAGAUAGUCUUUAAGUAGCUACUGUCAGUGAUUAUGGCUGCUAGAUAAUCUGUAAACGGUUACUGCCAGCGAGUAUGGCUGCUAGAUAUUCUUUAAACAGCUACAAAUGGGUUCAUCUCAUCGAUCUUUGACAAAAAUAAAUACGUUUUAAGUACAUUAAAUUUUCAAAAUAAAUAGUGUCACAGAAACAGGCUGGGAAAAAAAAAGAAUUAUAAAGAGACAAAUAUUCCGUUUAACUAGUCUCGUGUUGUUGAUGAGAUAAGGACCCAUUGUAAUUACAACUUAUAUGAUCAAGAAUUUGAUGGACCUCAGAUAAUAGAGAGAUAUUUUUAGCCAGAAUUUUGGAUUUAAGUAUUCUACAAAUACACCCUCCUCCUUCACCUUUCCCCUUCACCUCCCGCUCCCCCCCCCCUAAACCAAAGCCUCACUUGCUGUCAGUUCGAACGCAUUAAUCAGUUAAUUAAUUUCAAGAACAAAAAAAUUAACACGCUUUUGUCCUUUUUCCCGUUUCAGGAAGCGUUGGGUAAAAUGAGGCUAGAGACGCCCAAGUCGGACGAUUCCACGAAAAGAGGCACCAGCACAGAGACCGUGAGGAAACUCUCCCCCUGCUCCUCGCCUACGCCUGAUAAGUCCUCUUCGACCUCCCGGUCAACAUCCCCUCGCACGACCCCAUCGACCAAGACAUCCGCCGCCACACAGUCCCUUCUGUCCCCCCGGGUGGAGGACAUGCCGAAAUCUCCAAGAAGUGCCGGGAGUCGGCGCCCCGCCUCGUUCGGCGGGGCGGAUCUGAUCAAACCCAAGCCGGCCCGCCGUUCCAGCCAUUGUGAAAAACGGGUCUCCUGGGCCGACGAGAGGGGUUCGGACCACCAGCUCAUUUCUGUCAGGCUGAUCCGCCCACGGCUCUCUGCGGACACCCACCCGACCACCAGCAGUGCCCCCGGCCAGUCUAUUCUUAGAAACACGGGCACUUAAGAUGUGGACACUGCGGUAUCUAACUCUCUCUCUCUCUGCAGAAGUAUGAUGUCUAAAAAAAAAAAAAAGACUUACCAUGAUACCUAAUCAUGGAUCAAGGGAGGAUCUUGAAAUGACAAGAACUUUGGGCGCGCUCUUCAACCGAGACGUUUACUUUGAUCACGUGACACCGAAAAGACCUGGCGUUCACGUUCACGAUGUGACCUUCACCGUGAAAGACGACUUCCGUCAGUUGCGAUUCUUCGCACCCCUAAUGCGAGAAUAUCAUCUUCAGCAUUAUCAUAAAAGCUGCCUCACCCCAA